CAGUUGACUGACGGAUGCUUUCUUGCCGUAAUCACCUAAAACUUAGCGAGAGGGCGGAAAGAGCGGUUCCAUCCACGAAGCGAGGGAGAAGCUGCAGCAGCAAUCACCCUCGCUUCGCGACGGACGACAGAGAGAUACAUCUGUCCAACUUCAACACAACUCAGUCAGUUGGGAAAUCAAUAAAGUCAUCGCUGCCGCUUCUCCCCCUACAACACAUAAAAUAAGUCGUAGGAACAACGAACAAUGAAGUGAUAACCAAUAAAAAGCAUUAAUAACAAGCAAAAAAGAAGAAAAUAAUAAGCCCGACAAGCAAAAAAGAAGAGAUAAAUACAUAGCCCAUGUCAUGUAUGUGUAUGUCUGCCUCAACGUAGAAUUCGGACAUGCAAAACAACCACCCCAACUCCAAGAGGAGCGUCUGAUCAUCUUCGUUACAGAGUUUGAUGCCUCUCUUUUCAAUCGCACACACACAAGGUGUGACUGAGAAUUGUUCUUGUUUCUCUGGGGGUUUUCUUUAUUCUGUUCCUUCUCAUUUUAGACGAUAUUAUUGAACCCGAUUCACGUUUAUAAUUACUGAACUUGGGCAAACUUGCAUAAAGAUGACAUCACUAGAUGAAAGAUCUGUACUUGAGUUGGAAGACAAGACCCUUGUUACCCCUGUCUCACCUGCUAGAAAGAGUCAUCCUCUGGAUGUAAUUCAGCACGGAUCAUUUUCAGGUUCUCCGCAAGCUUCCAAAAACAUAUAUAUGAGGAAUAGAGUGCUCAAGAAUCUAAAGAUUGUUCUGCUGUCAAGCAAAAUCAAUUUACUUUUGCCAUUUGGCCCCCUUGCAAUCCUUGUCAAUUAUCUCACAGGUCGUCAUGGCUGGGUUUUCUUUCUUACCUUACUGGGCAUUAUACCUUUGGCUGAACGUUUGGGUUAUGCUACAGAGCAGCUUGCAUUCUACACUGGACCUACAGUUGGUGGUCUUUUAAAUGCUACUUUUGGUAAUGCAACGGAAUUGUUAAUAUCCAUUUUUGCACUUAAAAAUGGAAUGGUUCGGGUUGUUCAACAAUCUUUACUAGGCUCAAUUCUGUCAAACAUGUUGUUGGUGCUUGGCUGUGCUUUCUUAAGUGGUGGAAUAGUUCACUGUAAGAAGGAUCAAGUGUUUAACAAGGCAGCUGCUACAGUGAACUCAGGGUUGCUGUUGAUGGCAGUUUUGGGCCUAACAUUUCCAGCUGUACUCCACUACACACACACAGAGUUGCACUUUGGAAAAUCUGAAUUGGCACUCUCAAGGUUUAGCAGCUGUGUUAUGCUUGUAGCAUAUGCAGCCUUUCUUGUUUUCCAGCUGAAGAGUCACAAAAACCUAUAUGUCCCUGUUGAUGAGGGUGUAAUUCAGACUGAGAACUCAUAUGAUAAUGAGGAUGCUGAGAUCUCUAAAUGGGAAUCAAUAAUAUGGCUUUCCAUUUUGACAGCUUGGAUUUCAGUCCUCUCAGGAUACCUAGUUGAUGCUAUAGAGGGAGCAUCUAUUGCAUGGAAUAUUCCAAUUGCAUUUAUUAGCGUUAUAUUGCUUCCAAUUGUAGGGAAUGCUUCUGAGCAUGCAAGUGCUAUUAUGUUUGCUAUGAAAGAUAAACUUGACAUUUCUUUGGGAGUGGCUAUAGGGUCAUCAACACAGAUAUCUAUGUUUGGGAUCCCCUUUUGUGUGGUUGUGGGAUGGCUCAUGGGACGUCCUAUGGACUUAAAUUUUCAACUUUUUGAGACAACCACACUUUUUGUAAUGGUUCUAGUUGUAGCUUUCUUGCUGCAGGAGGGAACUUCUAAUUAUUUUAAAGGACUUAUGCUCAUUCUUUGCUAUCUUAUAGUUGCAGCAAGUUUCUUUGUACAUGCAGAUCCAAAGUCAGUUGCUGAUAAGAUUCACAAAAAUUAGUCUAAGAAGGAUGCAUGGAUUCAUGAGGUGGAGCUCAAUUUCUACUGUCAUUCUGUUGUAUAUGUCUGCAAUUCGUUUUCUUCUUUCAAGUUUGUUGUUGUGAAGUUCAUUUCUUAGGAGGGAGAUGAAGUUGCUUUUGUCAGGCUUAUAUUGAUAAAUAGAAGACAUCUGGUAAAACCCUACGUCCACGGGGAGACUGUAAAAUUUAGUUCAGCAAAAAUGUAACGUUACUUUUUUUUUA